AUGUUGUGCCGAACAGCAGCCGCACGCUCUGUGCUCCGAGCCGUCUCGGGCUCCAAUGCCUCAAUUUCUCGCAAUGCCUGGUCUAACACUGUUUUCAAGGCCCAGCUGAGCACCGCCUCCAGGCAAUGGGUUGGCCCACGAUCGGCCUCCAUGGCUGUUUCGGCAUUCCGCAAGCCAGCGACCACCGCCCUUGUCCGUUAUGCUACCACUGAGGCUGUCCAAAAGGCACAGAAGUCCCUCGUUGAAGAACCUGACGUUGAUAUGAUGGCUGGCGUUAAGAACGAUGUGAGAGUCAUCAAGGAUACCUUCAGCCUGGAGGGUGUCCCCAAGGAGGCUUUGUACUACGGUUUGGCUGGUGUCGUCCCAUACGUUGUGACUUCCCUCCAGACGGCUUUCCUCUCGUGGGAAAUGAACAACGCCGUUACUCUUGGUUCCGGUAAAUACGUUUCUGCCGAGACCGCUGAGGCCAUGAUGAACCUCAUUGAGCCCAUCCAGGUCGGAUAUGGUGCUGUGAUCCUCUCCUUUCUCGGAGCUGUCCACUGGGGUAUGGAGUGGGCUGGAUACGGUGGAAAGCAUGGCUUCCGCCGAUACGCCACUGGUGUCGUUGCUCCUGCUGUCGCCUGGCCGACUCUCCUCCUUCCGGUUGAGUAUGCUUUGAUCACUCAGUUCUUCGCCUUCACCUUCUUGUACUACAACGAUACCCGUGCUGCCGUCAAGGGAUGGGUUCCAGCCUGGUACGGCAUGUACCGUUUUGUGUUGACCUUCGUUGUCGGUGCCUCCAUCGUUAUUAGCUUGGUUGGCCGUGAGCAGCUUGCUAACCACUUCGCCUCUAACUACGGAAUUGCCGACAAGAUCAAGGCUCUCCAGGUUGCCAGAGAGAAGGAGCUGGCCAAGGCUGAGACUGCUGCUACCGAGACUGAGUCUUCCGAGUAA